AUACAAUAUUCGUAUGCUAAUUGAUCGAGCUCAAAUUAAACCGUAAAAAAAUCAUAUCCGUCCAUUCCUCGUAAUAAUCAAAUUGGAUUUUACCCACAUCCAAUAAAAAAUUUUCUAGCUUUAAAUUUAUCCUAUUCUGUAUUCUAUUCAAUUAGAGGCGAUCACCCGUCCCGCAUUUACACCUCACCAUCUCCUUUCCUUUCCUUUCCUUUCCAUCCAGCUUCCUGUUAAUGGUGAUUCUGUUUGUUGCGAUAACAGUAAAAACCCAGAUGAAUGAAGUAAUUUAAUUAGCACUGUAUCUUGCACUAAAAAGUCACUGGCUUCAGCCAGCAGCAAACACCAUGCCGCUCUCUCCGCGCACCCACGCCGCUUCUUCGAAUAACGCUACCCACUGUGACCUCCCCUUAGAUUCACAGAAAAACCAGUAACCCCGCUUCAGUUCUUAAUGCGACUCUGCAACACUGUCAAUUGAAUCCCUCCGCUUCACUUGCUCUUUUCAGGUCCCUACCCUUUUCCCCUUUUUAUAAUUCUUGAUCCAAUAUCGUCGCUUUCUUUCGGCUUCUCCCCCCUUUGCGCCCUUCUUCACUUGAAUUCUCUUUCAAGCAGGCGACUUUAUGUUGGUUUCUGAUUUUGCAGUUUCAAUUGCUUCUGGGAAUUGGAUUAUGUGUGAGUUCCAGAUAGCCGGGUAGACACAUUUGUCCAGUUUCUUUUGGUAGAUCGGGAGCCAUGGAGAAUCGCAGAGAUGCUGACCCAAUUUCUUUUCUCAGUUUGUUUGCGGCGCUUUCAUAUGGGAUUGCUUCAAUGGCGAUGGUGUUCAUCAACAAGGCCAUUGUGAUGCAGUAUUCUCACUCUAUGACACUUCUCACUUUCCAACAAGUGGCUACAGCCUUGCUUAUUUACGUUGGGCGGAAAACAGGAUACACGAGAUCGAAGGGACUCGAUCUCCAAACAGCUAAGAGGCUUCUCCCUGUUUCUCUCUUCUACAAUGCCAAUGUGGCAUUUGCUCUGGCCAGCUUGAAAGGGGUUAACAUUCCCAUGUAUAUUGCAAUAAAGAGGCUCACUCCUCUUGCUGUGUUGAUUGCUGGCUUUUUUGCUGGGAAAGGAAGGCCUUCUACUCAGGUGACUCUAUCUGUCCUACUCACUGCUGGCGGAGUUGUUAUCGCAGCGCUUGGAGAUUUUUCCUUCGACUUGUUUGGUUAUGGGUUGGCAUUUGUUUCUGUUUUUUUCCAGACCAUGUACCUUGUUUUAGUGGAGAAGUCUGGUGCAGAAGAUGGGCUUUCUUCAGUUGAGAUAAUGUUCUACAACAGCUUCUUGUCUCUUCCUUUUUUGAUAUUCCUCAUCAUAGUUACUCGAGAAUUCCCCGACUCUUUGGUGUUAUUAAUCGCAAAGAGUAAUUCCUUCUCAUUUUUGGUGAUACUCAUUCUCUCAUUGGUGAUGGGAAUCAUUCUCAACUACACAAUGUUCUUAUGUACGAUAGUCAACUCAGCUCUAACAACAACCAUAGUUGGUGUACUAAAAGGUGUUGGAUCGACGACUCUUGGUUUCUUCUUACUUGGCGGGGUGAAGGUGCAUGGUCUGAACGUGACUGGCUUGGUCAUCAACACUGCUGGUGGACUGUGGUAUUCAUACGCAAAAUAUAGGCAAAGGAAAAGGCGGCCACUGAAGCUAACGCCAGACAUAGAGGCACAUCGAAAAUAAUAGGUAGAGUUUCCCAGUAUUGUCUUGCAUUAUUACCACAGGAGAUUGUUCAAAUCGCUGUAUUGCAGUGUUUUGGUGCACACUGUGCAGCCCUGUAUGAGCGAAAUGGUCCAUAUGAGAGUCCCCUUCCUUUCCUGCUUAUGCUUUUGUGCUCGUCGCAUUGUAUGCUUCCGUACUCGUGCGUGAUCACAUAACGUGCAUCCAUAUUCUCAUGCUAAUUUUGCAGCUCCGGUGUCAUGGUGGCCAACGAGUGAACAUAGAAUGUAUGCUUGGUUUGUGAAGAAGACAAGCUCAAUGUAAGGAGUUACACUGAUGCGCUUCGUAACAGAUACGUCUUUUCUUCGAAUGGUGGCGCUGCAACUUUGUGAGCUUGAAGUAAGACGCGCUAUAGAGUAAGCCGAUUCUACAAAACCCUAAAUAGGGCAGUGACCAUUCCCUUUCAUCACAUACAAGGAAACAAUCACACGCUAUUAUAAAGUGUAUAAACGCACAUUAAACUUAAGGCGAGUUUUGCUUUCUUCAAGUUCAUUCAAUCGAUUACGACGAGGCACCAUACUACACUCGAAUGAUUAAGCAGGUACCUGAGUACUAUGAGUAUGCAUGAUUGGAAAGAGAGUGCAUACCUAAAUAGCUAUUAUCAUAUUAGAGAGAUGGAAUGCAGAUGAGUUUAUGUUGGGAAGUGGUUGACCUGGUUGUUUUCAAGGCUCCAGGGCCAUGAUAGCAAAUAGCAGUUGGGUCUGGUGAUGAUUAUAUUCCAAUCUUGUAUCAUCAGAAUUCAAUCAUCUGAUGCUGCUCUAUAUAUUUGUUAAUGCCUUUGCCUUUUUAGUAUUUUAAGUUAGUGGGGUUUCAAGGAAACAUUACAGGUCUUCCAAGUUGGACAUCCUGCCUUACAUUAAAUCGUUAAUGGUCAUUAAGUAAUCAUUCUUGACUCUUUUUGUGCCCCAGCAUAAAGAAAUCUCAAGUAUGUUGUAUACUUGUAUCUGUAUUAUAUUCAUACUUUGGGGCCUGCAUGAUUAGAGUCUAAGAAUGGAUUAAUUUCAAGUACUUUGGCAUCCAGUUAGCAUUACUGAUACGACAGGUUUCAAGAUUAUACAACUACCGCGUUCUGUUUCGAUCUCACGAUCCAUCGAUUCGGAUUGUUACAUGUACAUGCGAUGAUAAUUUUGUAAGAAAAACCUCUGAGGAUAUUCCAACAGAAGCAUGGUAGCAAAGAUCUCAAAAUAUUGGCAAGAGAAAAUGGCAUCUCUGUUUUGUUGUUUGGAAAGUGUUAAUUACAAUAAUCCAGAGUGGAGAAAAGGUGGGUAUAUGAUGAUUAUGAAAUGGCCCUUUUCUUUGGCUUUUUCUGUAGAAAAUGGCCAAACCAUAGAAGUGGGAGAGGCCAGGGGAAUAUCCUUUUCCUCAUUUUUUUCACAUAACCGACAUCUUUCUUCCUUCUUCAUAGGAUUAUUACAAUAUCAGUUGUGUUUAUUUAUUUCCUUUCUACUGAUCCAUCCACUUGAUGUAAGAGUUUCGAUGUGCAUAUUUUUGUUAACUCCAAGAUUCAAAUCUAGAGUGUGGCGUCUUUCUGUUCGUUUUUUCAAGCACACAUAUAUGAAAAUUUCGGCAAUUGAAUUCUAUGAUAUCAAGUGCAAUCUUUUACCGGUUCGGAAUUUAUCAUCUUUAUCUUUAAAUAUAUUAAAGGGGUUUUAUAAAAUGACCCCCUCCACGUCAGCCAUGGAGCUUCCUCCGCAACUUUCGGAUUUUUCCGUUUUUCUUAUUUUUUUUAUUCUUUUUUUAUGGCGGUAGUUACCAUGUUUUGUGGAAUUUUUUCUUUUCGUGUAGUUUUUUUUGGUUAUUUAGUUUUCUUCCAUAGUUUGAUAGUUAAUUAUUUUAUACUCCUGCGGUAAUUCAGGUUUGGGUAGAAUUAAGAAAUUUUACCUCUUUCACCUAGAAAACUCUUCUACAUUUUUAAGGGUUAUAGGUAUAAUAUGCCCAUCUACUACGAAGCUUUAUCAAACAUGGCCCUCUAUUAUUUUUUACAUCAAAUAUGCUCCUGUAUUUUGAAAAAAAAUAUCAAACAUGCCCUUUUGUUAAAAUUUCCAUUGAAAAAAUCGUCAAUCAUGGUUGAACAGAGAUUUAGACGACCCGACAUUGGCAAAUGAGAGGAAAAAUGUCAGUUUUGUCCCCUGAUUUAUUUCCCUGGGUCUUUUCAAAGUGAAAUUAAUUGAAUGAUUUGAUUAUACAAAAGAACCAAAAAAAUUCUAAAGUGAAUUUAUUAGGGAUAUUUUAGUCAUUUGUGUCGCCCAAACUAAAGUUCAGCCUUUGUUAACGGUUUUUCGAUGAAAAUUUUAACAAAAGGGCAUGUUUGAUCAUUUUUACAAAGUACAGGGGCAUAUUUGAUGUAAAAAAUAGUAGAGAGGCAUGUUUGAUAAAGCAUCAUAAUAAAUGGGCAUAUUAUACCUAUAACUUUUUUUAACAAUGUUUAAGAAAUUCUAGAAUGUCGGUUGGAUCGAAAAUACUGGAUAUUGGAUCCAAAUUGGUAGGUAAUUUUAACGGUAGGAAACGGCUGAGCUAUAACUCAACACGUUUUCAGUACAAAAUACUUUACGCUAAACUUUUUCAAUAUAACCGUUCAUACAUUCCGUUUUACUCUAAACAAAAGCUCUUUAUUAUAAUUUUGAAAGCUAUGCCAACUAUCUUAAUGUGAGAAAAUAUGUAUAUAGUGAUAUGACUAUGCAAAAUAUUGUAAUAUAAUCUUCCAAAUACAACAUAUAUCCAAUAGAAUUGAAAUUUUAAA